AUGGCACACCCUUCGACCCCCGCAGGUCACUCUCCCUCCAUCUUUGGAGGUCCAACCCCAGUCAUGUCUGGCGCUGGACAACCUUCGAUCCCCUCGUCCAUGACGACGUCAACUCUCACACCAGCCUCGGCUGCCUCUUCCAACAAUACCUACAUCAUGCCAAAUUCGCCCUUCAAGAACCGUGGUGAUGGGUACCGUCCCAAAGUCACACGGACUCUGGGACAGCGUCCUGCCUGUCUCGUCAAUGCAUCCGUCACCUACUGCGGAAACAACCAAAUCUACGCUUUCGGCGGUUUCGACCAAUACACCGACGAAGUCUACAAUCAUGUCUUAAGGCUGGACCUGGUCAGCCAUCAAUGGAGCCUGGUUGACAACUAUGGCGACAUUCCUGGCGUCAGAAUGGGGCACACUGCGACCCUCUACAAGGGGGACAAACUGUUGGUGUUUGGCGGCGAGAACGAACACAGAACCUAUCUUUCCGACCUUAUAAUCUUCGAUCUCAAAACCGCACACUGGACCCAGCCCCAAGUGACAGGACCGAUUCCCAAAGGUCGCGCCAGACACGCGGCCGUUCUACACCAAGACAAGCUAUUCAUUAUUGGCGGGAUUACGGGUCACGACAACUACGUUCUCGACGACAUUUGCUACUUGGACUUGAAAACGUUUACCUGGUCAAGGUCCUGGCGUUUUGUGGGCCGGUUCGAUCAUUCAGCUUAUAUAUGGGGCGAAAGGGUUUGGGUGUUCGGGGGCCUCAGUGAGGAGAUGGACAAGGUCAGCGACAUCUGGUGGUUAGAUCUUAAGGGAAGUCCGGCCUUCGAUUCACCCCCACAGAUUGGUUCGAUGGAUCGCUCGGGCAUGGCAAGAAGUGCCAUUUCGCCAAGGCCCUCUUACCCUGCAGCACCAACCCCGAUUGUUGGGUCGUCUGGGUAUGCCGCAAACUCGAGGACUGCGCAAGUCAACCCACCGUCGUUCCACCUCAAGACCUACGCUCCUCCCGCACCUGGUGCCAUUUCGGCUCUCAAGUUUGUCAAUGGCCCAAACGUGCCCUCGCAGGGACAGGGCAUCCACUUCCAUGUUUACUCGUCAGGCACCCUUCUGGACUUUGUUACACCGGCGGCGACAAUUUCGUCCAAGGAGUGUUCAUUGUCUGCUCUCGACCUGGGAUCUCUCCGAUGGCAGAAGUUGGCUGAGGGCCGGGAGAUAUUCAAGCCCGGAUAUCGCUGGCACUAUUGCACCAUGAACGAAGACGGCACCAAGGCUUGGCUGCUUGGGUGUCCUACAGAGCCAAAUGUUCUGGACCAUGGAGGCACUGGCCUCGAGGAGUACUUGUCCGAUAUCAUGGAAAUCGAUUUGCGCCGGUAUGGGUUCUUGGGAAACAACUUUGCCCCUGAACCACGAGCGGACAUCACACGGCCGUCUUCGCGAGCGCGUCAUAUUGAACAGCCGUCCAAGGGACUUGGAUGUGAUCUCGCCAAACUCUUCGACCAACCCCCUGAGACUGGAAGUGGCACGGAUUUUAUAGUCACGGCUCUUUCCCGAGAUUAUGAUGAAGAGGAGAUCAUGGGUUCCGCGCUCUGCCACGCUUCCGAAUCGAUGGACGGUGAUCAGACCUGGCUGUCGCCGGAUGUGCCCACGUCUCCUCCAAUCCAUGUCCAUCGACUGAUUCUCCAGGCACGCUGGCCACAUUUUGCACGCUUAUGGUCGAGCCAAAUGGCUGAAUUUCACACCAAGAAGAUGCACAUACCAGAGCCUUACAGUGUUGUUAAGGCAUUCUUAUACUAUCUUUACACAGACCGCAUCGACCCAGGCUCUGAAGAGGAUGAGAGCAUCACGGCCGACUUGUCAGACGUUGCUGGCCUUCUUGUCAUGUCCAACAUCUACAACAUCCCUCACCUCCGCCUCCUUUGCGUAAACAGAUUAGCAAAGGAGCUUGAUGUGGAUCACGCAUGUAUCAUUUGGUACUGUGCCGGCAUGGCAAACGAGGAGUGGCUGCGGAAACGGGCCGCCACCUUCUGUAUGACGCACUGGGGCAGAGUAGUACGCACGCUCGGCUUCCAGAGGCUUCCAAGAGCGGCUCUUGUCGAGCUCUCUCAGGAAGUAGACAUGGAAGGCCGUGUGAUUGGCGGUGACGAGCUGGAUUUAAUGGUGGGGAUCGAUAGUCGUUACCAUGACGGAGGCUCUGGGACGUCACACCGUAAGGAAAGCAUAAGUAGCAACCAGACGCAAGUGCUUGAGGACGAGCUUGAUGAAGACGAGGGCAUGGAGAUGUCAUGA